CCAAUCAGUCUGGUCAAUAAAAGCUACGGGGAUAACAUACUAAUUUCUCCUCAAUAAGUACUCCAUUCCCUUCAGUUAUAAGAAUUGCGUUGCGCAGCAGAGUCUGUGUCCCCAAAAAAAAGUUUUGACUGGGAAUGUCUACGAAAACAAUCAAAUCCAUCCUCGCCAUCUUUUUGGUUUUUGCGGUUUGCUGCUCUCGUUGCCAAUGGAUCAUUAAUAACCCCGGCGUUCCUUCUUCUUGGACGAAACUACAAAUUUCACCGGAUACGUUUAGUUCUGUGGAGUAAUUGCAAUUUGUAGUAAUGGCAAUUUUCUCAUUGAAAUUUAUGAACACGUCAAUAAUCACAAGCCAACGACGACCAACGAGAAAAAAUAUUUCUACUCUCCAAUUGCUCUUUUGGACCACCAAAGCGCAGUAAGCACAUACAACAGGCUUACAAAACAACCAGAGAUGAGAUUCCGCAUUGAAAUGUGGAACGACAAAAUCCAAAACGAAGUAGUGAAACAUUUGAAUGAAAUCGUCGGUCAUGAAAUCCAGUCCAACAAAGUGAGAGUUCUUCCCUUGGAGAAGGUUCUUCUCAUCAGCAAAACGCCCAUAGUAGAUUAUUGGCUCUCUCCAGUGUGGGCGAAUUAUGACAAGAGUAAAAUUUUCUGUGGUUUUAUCUGUCGUGUUAUGACCGGAGAGCCUGUGACGAGCUAGUCGAUGAACUGCGAAACGAUCCCACCCAAUUCCACCAUUUUGUACUCCUGUACAGUUUGUCAUCGCAGACAUCACAAACCAAACAGGCAACCAUCAGCUUUGAAAGCGUUACUUCCGGUCAAAUGGUCACACAACUUUUGCAGAAAUUUGCGGAGAAAAAAGAAGUUUUCCUGACGGCCAAUGACGAGAAGAAAAUGCUGACGGAAACGGCCACCAACAUCCGAAUGGAAACAUUUUGAUGACUCCGAGGUCGGGUCUCCGGACACGGAGUCUCAAAUUUAUAAUAUUCUUAAGGAUUUAAUAGUCACGUCCAGGACGACCAUCAAGGAACAAGGUGACAAGAUGUGGGACUCUGUUUUCUGGCGUGAGGAAAAUUACCGGCCGGACAGGAUGACGAAAACUUUGAAUGAAAUCGUCGACCUACUGGACGCGGAAACUCAAAAUAAACUGACGGAUAUGUUUCAAAAAGUGGAGACUUCGAAUAAUAAAAACGAGAAAAGAGGAGGGAAACAUCUUCGUCGUGAAAGUCAAUCGAACGAAAAUGGAAGAAGGCGAUCACAGGUGGAUCAAGAAGUUUUCAGCCGCAAUCAAAUCGAGAAAUGGGAACUUGCAGUAAAUCAAUCGACUGAUCAAAAUAGAAAUGCAGAGAAUGAAGAAAGAAUGCAACACAAUUAUGACUCUGACAGUUGGGCUGACAUGGACAGAAUCAGUUCAGCCAUUUCAUCAGAGAGAAUGGCAAACGACGCAAACGAUUCCGAUAGUUCCCGAUGGUGGAAAGAAAUGUGGAAAGAAGACGUGAAAAAAUUAUUGCAAGAAAGUAGAAACCAAGUCCAAUGGGAUAGAGAGAAAUUUGUGCCCAAACCCUUGCAACUGAGCAGAAUUAAUUUGGCCAAAUUUCGUGACUCCCAAUCGUUUCAGGAUCGCACCAUUCGUGUUCGUUACACGAACGCUGAACUGUCGGUGCCGAUCAAAUUUGCGGAACACGCAGAAUUGACCGUCACUAACGAAUGGAACAAUCUGAAGGAUGAUUUCAAAGUCACUUCAGACCUCUUAAAAACAAAUAUGAUGAACUUGGUAAAAACGAAUACCGAACUGAGUAAUGUGAAAGAUGAUUUAACUAAUAUAUUAAAUGGGACUAAGCAGGAAUUCGAGAAAAUGAGGUCCCAUGUCAAUGAUUUAUCGAAAAAAAUAAACACGACAGAAAAUGAGACGAAAAUCAUGUCCGGAAAUUUGCCAACUGAACUCAAAGCCUCGCUCAAAGCCACCGAAAACAAGUUGAGAAACGAACUGAGAGCAACUUCUAGUCAUUUGGAAACUUCAAUAACAACAAAUUUGAAUACAACAAGAACAGAACUGAGAAACACGGCGAAUAAUGUCAUUGCGGAUCUGACAACAAAAUUAAAUACGAGAACGGGUGAAAUAGUUGACAGCAUUGGUCGAAUGCCAACUUCCUGUUCGGAUCUGCAGCGAAUGGGAUAUAAAAUUAACGGAUUCUUUUUAGUGAAAGGAUUGAAGAAAAUGGAAAUAGUUUUCUGUGACUUUUAUCCUGAUCGAAAUGAAACACAAAAAUGGAUCGGAUACGCCGACGUCAAAUCAGCGCCCGUCCAUUUCUACGUUCAAAGAAAUUUUUCGUUCUCCACGAAAAACAUUCCGAUUCCAUUUGAGUUGGUACGGGUGAACGAGGGAAAUGCCAUGAAUUUGACAACGGGGAAAUUCACGGCAUCGCGAACGGGAAUUUAUUUCUUCUCGUUCACGGGAGCAGCGUUUUUUCCUUCAUUUACACAAAUAGGAAUUGGUCUUUAUGUUAACGGGAUUCAAAUCGCGUCGGGUAGAAUUCAAAAGUACGUUACUGGUUCUCAAAUGGCUCCGUUAACCAUACAGCACCAUACAGUCAACGUUGAACUUGAAGACGGGCGAUCAAGUCUGGGUGCAGAAUUAUCAUACGUCAUCAUCAUCAUCAGCGGUGUUUUUGCAGGACAACAGCGUUGA